AUGUUUAUAUUUAUUUAUAUAUUUAUUUUAUUUUUGUUGUUACAAGUUAAAAUUGUGAAUGGUCGACAACGUAGAGAUUUACCUUUAAGUAUGGACAAAGAAAUGCUUCCGCCCCAAUAUUUUGAUGAAGAAGCGCCUACUUGUUUGGCAGAAAGAGAGCCUUGUGGAUUUUAUAGUUUUUCUUUAGAUGGAAAAGCACCUUUAAAGUGGAUAAAAUCUUGGUGUCGUUGUUCUUAUAAACAUGAAUGUGUUUAUGAACGUACAGAUAUGCGAAUGCGUGUAUAUCGACAAACUUGCGUCUCCAAAAGCGAAAUUUCUGAUAAUGACGAUAAAUAAUUGAAGGAUAUCAAAGAAUUGAGGAAGAGGAAGAAGAAAAUAAAAGUAAAAAUAGCCCUAAACAUCAUCACCACCACCACCAUCACCGCAAAAAUCGAAGGCAUUUACAUAAAUUACAUCAU